AUGAAGCACAACGAGAGUCACGUGACUUCCGUCGAAAGGAGCCGCCGGCUUUGGUUUGCCGAUAGCGGCAGGCAUGCCGAUUUCAACAGUCUUUACACGUCGGGAAAAUAUCCUCCAGCUGGAGGGAAAAAAGUAAUUAAAGCGAAUUGUUUAUUACAUUGGUUUUUUCAACGAAGGAACUGCCCUUCAUGCCAAAAGCGAUCGUCUGUGAAAUUGCUAAUUAACACAUUUUCGUGUUUUCUUUAGAAGAAACUACAGAAUAAAAUAUUUUAAAAAACCUGAGUAAGGAGCAUUUGAAGAUCAGACACCAUUCGUGUGAGUUAUUUGCUUUUCUUGGCCCUUUUGCUCAGUUGUGGCAGACGGCAACAACAAUAAUAACAUUAUUCAUAAUUCUUAUAUCAUCAAUGUAAAUCAUACAAGUUAUUCGCUUCCAUGAGACAUGUAGCCUGGCAUCAGCGGACAUGAGAAACAUUUAGCUAAAUAUCAGCUGAGACUAAGCGCGAAAGUGGACAUACAGCCUUCGCGGAUUUGGAGCAUAAGCUUUUCAUUAGAGCAGACUCUCCAACGUGAGCUAUUUGAUAGUGAUGCGGCGGCUAUUUUGGGAUGUAAUUUAUCAGUUUAUCAUCAUCAUCAACUUAUCACUCAUGUUCUUAAUCAGGCAUCUGCUACACUCAUACCUCUAUAUUUCAUUAAAAAUUAACAAGAAUUUCGAAUGCCCUCUGAAAACUGCGAUUACUCUUAUCGAUAUUGAUAUUCAAAACAAAGUGAACUCUAUCAGAAAUUUUUACUUGUUCACAGAUCCUCUGCUGGGGAAAGAAGCACAAAAUGACGGGUUAGUCAGGUCAGCGGUUGUACGGUCCAAGAGGGCUAUCACGAACGAGAAAAGUACGUAUGAUGAAAUGUUCUCCUUUCUCCAUCUCAACUCCUCUCCUACCUUACUUCUUCCCUAAGCAGGGUAACUCACACCACCUAAAACCCACCCCCUCCCUCGAGACGUUAUGUGCCACACUACGACACAUCAAGAGAUAAUAAUAGCCCCAUUAUUCCCUCUUGAACACAAAAAUUCAUAGAAAAAAGAGCAUGAAUGGACUCAGUACUUAAUCCGACGAAAAAGGUUAAAAAACCACCCUGGAUAGUAUCUCUAUCAUUUUAUAUCUCCUUUCUCUGCUGUGAGUUUUUAACCAUAUUGAGAACAAGCUCGUAAUUAAACAGUCUAAAUGCAAAAGUCCCUGGUUGAAGAAUUUUUUUUUCUCCUUUAGUAAUUUAAUCGCUUAAAUGACUGCAAGGAUACUUUCAUAAUUUCACAGAUAAACGAUUUUGCGUUUACAGGCAAUACCAUCCGCUUAAACUUUCCCGACAACCUGCCCAAAGAAAAUGGCACAGGACGAGUGGAAGUUUACCAUGACAACCAAUGGGGUACGGUGUGCGACAAAGCCUGGGACAUCAAAGACGCCUUCGUUGUAUGCAAUGAACUGGGACUGGUCAAAGCGAUCCAAGAGACAAAGAAAGCCAAAUAUGGUCAAGGUCAAGGUCCCGUAUGGCUUAGCAAUGUGCAGUGCUCAGGAGGAGAGAGUUCUCUGCUAAGCUGCCCUCACUCUGGGUGGGGAAAUGUUGGUAGUUGUACCCAUGGUAACGACGCAGGUGUAAAGUGUUUGCAAAAAGGUGAGAAGGAAAUGUAGGUAAGCAACGCGUCCAUAAAGUAAGCUGAGGGGGGUCUUUUCAAGUAACAACCACUCGCGUAUGAAAAUCUUGUAUUAAUUUAAGACUUAUUUCCAAUUUUCAUGGCUGAAUACCGAUUGCAGUCAGCAGUUCAUUUCCCCCGCUCAGUGAAUAGCCAAUUGGGAAUUUUAAGGAUCCUCAAAAUGAGGCUAGGAGCGAAGUCUUAAAUGUUUAAAUAAGAUUUAUUUGCAUGACAAUGACAAAGCACUUGCAUAUCAAAGACUACCCACUUACCCUCGUUCUGACUCUGAUUACCCGCUUAGGUUGUAAAAACUUCAGUUGCUACUACCGCAACAGUCCUUCUCGGGACUGGACGAACAGACUACGCAGUGUCUCCUUUGUUGAUUACUAAACUAACGUAGUAUUCUUAAAAUCUUAUUAACGAUUCAUUUGUACUCACUUUUCAGGUCUUCCGCGUUUGAUUGAGGUUGGCUGUUAUAAAGACAGUAAAACCAAUCGAGCCCUCCGAACUCUGUACGCCUUUCUACGAAAGGAAAUCGAUUGGUAUAACAUAAGAAACAUGGUUACCAAGUGUGCCGAAAAAGCCUGGCAACGAGGAUUCCGGUAUUAAUUCUUCAAUUCUGAGAAGAGAUUAAUAUUAACUUCUCCUUACAAUAUCCAUGAAAAACAGGUUACUGGAAUAAUCAAUCAAUUCAUUAUUGUUAUUUUCCGAGCGGGAGGUGCGAAUGAGCGGAUCCGCCUUGCCACAAAUGACGCGGAAAAAAUUCCGGACCGUGGUUUAUUUGUUUAAAAAGCUUCACCGCUUGUGAACGCGUGAUUAGCCAAUCAGCUUCGUGGAUUUAAGAUUACGGCCAUCCUUUGGUUCAUAGAGUGAUAUCAUAAGUCAAAGGUUUCCAUUUUGAUGUCAUACCAUAUCGCCUUAACUGAUCAACGGGAGAAAUAUAAAGCAUUUUAAAGGGAGAACGUUCGCUGAGUCACAACAACUUGGUCACUAUUAUAAAAGUUUAAUAACAAGAGUUUAUCUUCAACACGAUAUCCAUUUGAAUUCAUCUUUGUCAUUCAUGUUUUAGUUUGAGUUAAACUUGCAUCAAUACUUUUUUUACGUCUGUUUGAGAGGAGUGCUCUUUGAAAACGAAAGCGAGAAUCGUAACUCCUCAGAAUGAACCUCCGAGAGAGUUACUAAUCAUCCUAAGUGAGAAUCAAGCUUACCACGGGAUUCUUUUUCCUCACCUCGUACUGAAAUGGAAAGUUACGAUGUCCAUUGUGUUCUUGUAGUCGCGCCAGCUUUCGCUUAAACCAGGGCCCUCUCUUACCGUAGUUCAUCAUCCUCAGUUAACCUUUUAACUCCCACAAGUGAUUAACAUGUAACGUCUCCCAAUGAUACCAAUACAUUACCCAGCAAAUAAGUAAAGAGAAUACUCAAACUUAUCAAGUAGAAGUUUUUAUCUUGAUCAAAUAAAAAGUUAUCGAAGCUGAUAACAAGUUUACAAGGAAAUAUGUAGCAGUUAGAGGCGAGGAGGGCGGUAAAAGUUUAAUUUGCCUGCUGCAGCUCGGUUUAUUUCUUCAGAUAUUUUGGAAUCCAAUUUUACGGAGAAUGCUGGAGUGAUGAAGAAGCUGAGACACGAUACGACAUGCAUGGGGAGGUUGGACAACUACAGAGCACACAGAACUGUAUCGAAGGUAUGCAUCCGAAAACAUUUUUACGUCAAGGCUCUUUCCACUAAGCUUAGAGGGGUUGUUUGCCUGAGAACUCCUGCCCCAGUAGCAACAUUUAGUCUGGAAUGGUUUUACAUAAAAAAUAUCUUCAUGGCCGAAUACAGAGUGAACGAUUUAUUCAUGUGGUUAGUGCCAUGUUUGACCAUUUAUGCCCUAACAUCAGAAUGAAAAUUCUCCGUACUGUUCUCUAUACGUUUCCUUAGGUGCUGAUAGGGAGAAUUUGUUUAACAAUCAAGAGCUUCUCUAGUUGGAGAUCAUUUACUUUAUUCUCCUAACCUUGAUCUAUGAUUCAGCGUUGAAAUUGAAGAGGGAAAGUAUAUUAACAGCUAGUAACUCUUAGAUGUCAAGGUGUUAAGGCCGUGUCUUAAAGCAAAGUUUACAAUGGUUCAACACAAGUUCUCCUUCCCACUCAUUCAAAGAGUUUUCAUUACAAGAAACAAGCCAGUGAGGCGUGUAGGGUCAAACUAAGGCCUUUUGCGCUUUAACUACCAAAAUUUAAUUCAAGCUAACAGGUUUUUCGACCUCUAAAAAUGACUUGAGCUUGAGACUGUGGAUUAAGAGCCAUUCUGUUAAUAUAUCACCAAAUGCGUUCCUUUCCUUCCUACAUAAUAGCAGCUCGAAGUAAAUUUGGUCAUCGCCAGGGAGGAUAGGGGAUGGGGGGUUUUGAUUGUGUCGCAAUAAAAUGUAACCGGUCCUUUAAUGAGGCUCUGUAGUAUUCUAAUGAUCUCUCUUCAUCGGCAGUCAAUUUUUUUUCUAUAGUCCCUUUUUAAACUCUGUUUCAGACAACUAACUCUCACCUCCGAUCCCCCUGAAAACCAGUGUGAUUCUCUGGCCUUAAAAAUCCUCCGACCCCCACCCUCCAAGGGAUGAAUAAUGAUUGGUUCCUAAUAGGAGCCAGGAAGAAGUAAACGGAUAGCCAUAUCGCGGAUUAACCACCUCUGAAUAAUUUUUUUUUUCAUUUUCAUUUUAUCUCGUUAAGGUGUUGGGAUGCACUGGGCAAAUUUUGUGUACAAGUUUGCACCUUGGUCGGACCUGGGAUGUUGGAAGGAUAAUACACGUGACCGAGCGAUGGAAAAGUUACUUGUGAACCUGCGAUCCCAGAUUGACUGGUUUAACAUCGGUAAAACUGGUAAGUAUAAUAUGAUUGUGUAGUUCACGUGGAGUAGUUGACAGAUUUAAAUGUUGAUAGAUAGUGUCGCACAGUUAAAACCCUAGCAGAUACAUUUGGGAGUCAACGAAUCAGUGUUGUGUGACUGGGUUAGUACAAACUUGCCAAAAAUCCCCGCCAAGCACAGGACAACGCAAGAAAUACAAGCAAUUUAAAUGAAAAAAUUGCGUUUAUUCAUGGUGUUACCUUUAUAUAUUUUGUUAAGAAACCUUAAGGUAAAGUCUACCUUGCUCUCGCCGGCUCAAGCAGCCGAAGCUUAUUUCAUUUUCCUUUGGCAUGAGGCUACUAGGUCUGGUGCUACUCUCACCAAUGGGUUGCUAGUUCCGGCAACGGAGGUUACCCCCCAACAUUUUUUGAGGUUCUCCGGAGCUUACUAACACACCUCCUUGGAUGGGGAGAGGAACAUUGAGGGUUAAGAGUCCAUCUUAAGAACACAAUAUAAUAAGAAGACCUUCUGCAAAGACACAAGUCUUUGUACAUUCAAACUAACUUUGCUAGCGGUUAGUUUGGUCUCAAUAAACUUUCGACCUACUUGAGAUUAGCUUCCCUCUGAUCAAAAAAAAAUUAGUGAUAGCCUCUAGGGCAUUGGAGAGCGUAUAAGUGGCUAAAGAAGAACGUAUCAAAAGAGCUAAUGACGAAACUACCUCACACGAAGAAAUAAGGAAUAACGAAAUUUCUUCUUCUUCUUUAUCAAAGUCGACCUCUGCUACCAGGCCGCAAAGAAAGAUGGGAAGAAGUAUUUUGCCGUGCAGUUUUACGGCGAAUGCUGGGUGGAUAAAGAUGAUACAACUUACACGAAGCAUGGAUCGAGCACAUCCUGUUGGAGUGGAGUGGGAAAACAAAGAACAAACUAUGUGUACAGUGUUCUGUGGUAAGAAGGUGAGUGAGACAAUGAGAUCACCGAAAAGAAACGGAGAUGAACGGGAGAGACAAUGAGCGAGGCAGAUACUUAGAACUUUGAACGUUUAAUCUAAGUCAUGUUCUUCAUCCAAGAAAAUUUAUAAACUGGACUGUUUCAGGAAAAUUUAGAUAUCCUUCUUUGUAUUUUAGAAGAAGGAAACAACGCUUCAGGUGUUCAAUAUGGGAUAUCCUUACCACUGUCGUUUCCAGUUUUCAACCCCUUAUGCCCCUUCCCACGAUGACGCAUGUGAGGGCGGGUACAAAGGCGAUGAUUUUGAAUCUCCUUUUAGGAAGAAGGAACGAUUUACGAUAAUACCAUAACCUAGAAUACAUCAAAAAAACCACUUAAACGCUGUCAGAGGAUCUCUUUUUUAUACUGUUCAUCCUGAGUGCUGCUUAUAUUUACUCUUUGAUCUUUCUAUCAUAAGGGGGUUUCAAUGGGGUUAUUGCCUUUACGGUUAACGGUUAGAAUUUUAGCCAUUUUAAGGCUAACGGUUAAUAUCUUUCCAUUGUUGUUACCAGAGUUAUUCUUAAGGUUGACUUUUAUUUCAACUAGCGGGCAAGAUUUGUCAAUUUUUAUGCCCAACGGCUAAAUUUACCUCAUUGAGACACUAAUAAUUUAUGAAAAGGACGCCAUAAAGUUAGCACUCUGAUUAUAAUAACUUAAGUUCGUUAAGAAACCGGUUAUCAUUUAUCGCCUACAAGGCGGAAGGAGGGGGGGUUCAGAGAAUUUUAGUUGAUUCACAGCAAAUUUUCCUGAUCUCCCCUUAAGGCUUUGUAACAUUUUAAUGAUCCCUCCUCACGGGCAGUCAAUGGUGUAUUUUACCCCCCUUUAACUCUCCUUGCGAAGUCUGAUCUUUCUUCGGUUCCCCACGAAAACCACGUGACCUCCCCCCUUCAAAAAAAAACUGGUCUCUAAAAUGCUAAAUUUUCUUUCAUUGAAACACACUAACCAGUUAUUUUCCCUUUUUUUUUUACAAUCAGAUCAUUUUCACCGAUUUCCUCACAAGGAGCGUGCCUUUGGCUAGAUGAAGCUGUCGCAGACGUUUUCCACAAUUUGAAUAACAACUAGUUUUGAUCAAACCACUGUAUAAGAAAUAAACACAAGC